AUGGUUAGGUUAAAGCAAAGAUAUAUAUUGUUUGAUAUAUUAUAUCCACCGUCAUCAGAUACCGGCGGUUCCCAAGAAAAUUUAGAGGAUUUCGUUAAUUUUAGUAAAUCACGUCAAAAUACACUUCUCACGUUGCAUAGAACAUCUCCAUCGAAUAUCAGCCAAAAGACAUUAACGCAAGCCAUACGAACUGUUAUACAAGAUCAUUAUGGUGACUUUGGAGCAGGAACUGCUGGUAUGCAGUUUGCAAUCAAGUAUUUCAGUAAUAAAACAUCUACAGGUAUCAUUAGAUGUGGUAGACUGAGUUUCCAAAUAGUAGUUGCUGCUCUAGCCUUAAUGAAUAAAUUAGGAGACGAAGACGUGAUAGUGAGAUGCAUUCAUGUUAGUGGUACUAUUAAAAAAUGUGAAGAAUACUCCAUCAAGAGAAACCGAGAUCUAAUGAGUGUGCUAAAGAGUGGUUCUGGUAAAGCAAACCUUAAUAGUAUUAUAUCAAACUUCGAGAAUGAAGAUGACAUUAUCGGAGUUACUGAUGAUGAAGCAAAUAUGGACUGA